CAUAACUCGAUAAUCGAUUGAGUUGCGUGGCUCGCCUGCUGCUGUUUAAAAGCAUAAAUAAUUUUGUGAUAAUUAUGUCGUCAUAUUUUAGUGAACAUGAUUGCUCUGGUGGAGAAGUACCCAACCAUUUUCUUGACUUUGCCCGUCUCAUUGCUACUGGAGGAUAUUGGGAGCAAGUUGGACUUCAGUACAAUGAUCUUUUUGGCCACAAACCCCCACCUCCCACUUCAAGAGCUGUUAUAGCAGAUUUGGAAACUAUCACUAUAGAUGAAGCAGGAACAAGUCAGCAGUGUCCUGUGUGUCUAAAGCAGUAUGAAUUGAGUGAAAAGUGUCAUCAACUGCCAUGCAAGCAUCUCUUCCACAUCACCUGUGUGUUACCGUGGCUCAACAAGACCAACUCUUGUCCCAUGUGCCGUCACGAGCUCAAGACUGAUGAUGAAGCCUAUGAGGAAUAUAAACUGAGGAAGAAAAACGAAGCAGAACGCAAGGCCCAGCUGGAAACUCUGCACGACUCUAUGUUUUCUUAAGAACUUGC